AUGUUAAAUACUGGUGUUAACAGCUGUUUUAAAGUGAUAAGCGGUCUAACGGACCGCACCGUACCAUCAAUUUAUAAAAAAAUAAAAAUGGAUGAAGCUGGUUCAUCUAACAUUAGGAUAAAUGACCCGAACUUUCAGAACAUUAUAUCAGACAUAUUAUCCGAAAAUUGUUCAGAGGUAAGUGAUGAUGUUACUGAUAAUAUGUGUAUUGAUAGUAAUCAUAAUUCCGAAUCUGAACAAAAUUUAAGUGAAUCAGAUGAAAGUGAGACAGAGAGUAAUACUGAUAAUGACGAUGACAUUAGACCAUCGAAAUUCUUGUAUGACGAAGUUGAGCUAAGGUCAUUGUUUGGUUUGCUAUUUUACUCAGCUGUAUUUAAAUCAAAUCAUGAAAAUGCAAACACCUUAUUUGCAACUGACGGAACAGGACGUGAAAUUGUUCGCCUGGUCAUGAGUAAAAAACGGUUUUUAUUUUUAAUUUCAUGUUUACGUUUCGAUAAUUCUGAUACUAGAACUGAAAGAAAAGAAAACGAUCCACUCGCACCAAUUUCUGAAAUUUUUAAUGAAUUUAUUGAAAACUGUAAAUUGAAUUACUCUUUGAGUUCAUGUGUUACCGUGGAUGAGAUGUUAGUAAGUUUUCGUGGUAGAUGCAAAUUUAAAAUGUAUAUACCUAAUAAACCAGCUAAAUACGGGUUAAAAAUGAUGUGCUUAACUGAUUCGCGCAGUCAUUAUUUAUUUAACGCAUACAUUUACGCCGGACAAAAUACUGAUGGAAUUACCUUAGAUCAUACAGAAAGGAAGUUUUCUAAGCCUACACAAUCAGUUUUACGGUUGUCAAAACCAAUACAAGGGACCAACCCUUUUUUACCAAAAAAGAAAAGUACAGUUGGCCUUACUCAAUAUGGAUUUACAAAAGAUCUUACACUUUUAUCGUACGUACCAAAACCAAAUAAAGCAGUGUUAUUAAUCUCAUCGAUGCACAAUCAAAAAGGGUUUGACAAUGAUGUCCAAAAACCUGAAAUCAUUUCUUAUUAUAAUAGUACAAAAGGAGGCGUUGAUGCAUUGGACGAAAAAUGUUCUGUUUAUUCUACUGGACGUCGUACUCGUCGUUGGCCGUUAGCAAUUUUUUACAGACUUCUUGAUAUUUCUUCUGUUAAUUCGUAUGUCUUAUAUAAUUCUUUUAAAAAUAACGAAACAAUGACAAGAGCCGAUUAUUUGAAGAGUUUAGCGUUUGAACUUGUGAGUCCAGAAUUAGAAAGACGCUUUAAAAAUACAUGUAUCUCACGUGAAAUAAGGAGUGGAAUCGGAAGAGUUCUCGGUAAAUCAAAAAACUUAAAAGAUACGCCAGUGUACGAAGACAAACUGGAAUCACGAAAAACGUGUCGAAUAUGUCCUCCUAAGAAGAAAAGGAACACUAUUUAUCAAUGCAAACUCUGUGGGGAUCCCAUAUGUCUUGAGUGCAGCAGAAAAAUUUGUUCAAAUUGUUUCGGAAACUAA